UCAUAUGCAUACUAAAUGACGGAAAAAUCAACGUUAAUAAAACUAAAAAAAAAUCUAGAAAGAGAGAGGGUACGUGCAGGCGUGGAAAGCCAUACAACUGGAGUGGAUAAUUAGGAUAAGAAAAAUGGGAUUAUAGCAAAACCCCGCCAAUCAUUCCAUCAAGCCGGCCCACCUUCAUCAAUCACCACCAACUGCACUGCACACACUCAUAUCUAACUUCGACAACGAUAUUAAUCUAAUCACUCUCUCUCUCUCUCUCUCUCCCUUCAUGAUCAAUUAUGAUUAAGCAUUUAGCUACUACUAUUUCAUGAUCAAGACAUAGAAAGUAGUAAUCAAUUUACGAACCUAAUCAACAGAAUUUCCGGUUAAACCUCUGCUACCUUCCCCCGCCAUGGGAGCCCAAGUUUCCAAACAAAUCGAGCGGCGCACGGACAUCAAAACGGAGAAGAAAGUCCUCGCCGACCUAAAACAGAGCUGUGGCUGCGACUACCCCGGCUGCGACUACCGCCCUUCCGAUCGGAAAAACUGGAUGUCCGCCCUCAAUCCAGACAAGCUCCGCAUCAACCAGAUCGUGUGGCCAGGCACGCACGACUCCGCCACCAACCAAAUCGGCAUCCCCUUCAUCAGCCGCCCCUUCGCCCAGUGCCAAGCCCUCUCCAUCUACGACCAGCUCGUCGCCGGCGCGCGCGUCCUCGACGUCCGCAUCCAGGAGGACCGCCGCGUCUGCCACGGCAUCCUCCUCACCUACUCCGUCGACGUCGUCCUCGCCGACGUCAAAAAAUUCCUCACCGAAACGCAAUCGGAGAUCAUAAUCCUGGAAAUCCGCACCGAAUUCGGCCACACCGAUCCGCCAGAUUUCGAUCAGUACCUCAAGGAUCAGCUCGGCGAUUACCUAAUCCACCACGACGAUCGCGUUUUCGAGAAGACGAUCGCGGAGAUCCUGCCGCGGCGGGUGAUCUGCGUGUGGAAGCCGCAGAAGGCGGCAGCGCCGGCGGCGGGGGAUCCGCUGUGGAGCAGCGGGUACUUGAAGGACAACUGGACCGACACGGAUAAGCCGUCGACGAAAUUCGAGAGCAAUAUAAAGCAUUUAGGGGAGCAGGCGGCGGCGGUGGGGAGGAAGUAUUUCUACCGGGUUGAAAACACGGUGACGCCACAGGCAGAUAACCCGAUCCUGUGCGUGAAGGCGGUUACGGGUCGGAUCCAGCCCUACGCGAGGACGUUUAUUGCACAGUGUUUUACGCGGGGAAUUGCGGAUCGGUUGCAGAUAUUUUCCACCGAUUUUAUUGAUGAUGAUUUUGUGGAUGCAUGCGUUGGCCUCACCUCCGCCAGGGUUGAGGGCAAGGCCUGACGGGUCGGGUCGGGUCGGGUUGUUGCUUAUUUCAUUUGUUCUCUUAUUAUUAUUCGAUUCUUCAAAUUGUUUGUAUAUGUUUGUGCAGUUGUGAAUCUUGUUACUCGGAUUUGGGAGUAGGGGUGUGGUGUUAUGUUAUGCUUUGAAUGGGGUGGUGGUUAUUCGAAUCAAACCAUGUGGUUGUAUUUCAUUUUUUCAGUCACUUUUUUUAAACUAGUGAUGUUUGUGUAAAAAAAAAGCCUAGGCUGUUUGUGUUUUUAUUUUGAUGUAGCAUAAAGAUCUAAUCCAUAAACCGAAAAUAAGGUUAAGGUUCGGUUUCAGUUA